CUGCUCUUCCUUCCCCGCCACCACCCUCGCGGAAGAGGCACAGCGCAGCCCACUCUCGCUCCCAGUGUCGACAAGCACCCCGAGUCUUUCGUUUAGAGCACCGCAUACCACUCCAUCAUGGCGGCGACCGACUCAAAGCCGCCGCUCUCGACCCUCAAGACGCCGGUGUCUGCCACCUAUCCUUCCGAACUCAGGUCGCCAAUGGUCCUCUCUGCCACGACGCCAACAUCGGCAUUCAUCAAGAAGGAAGGAGACUCCAUGAAGACGCCCAUCACCCCGCCGACGGCCUACCUGGACUUCCUCAAGACUCUGUCGCCGGUCCUGAUGAGUCCCAUGUCCACCGGCACCAGCUCCAAGUUUGUCUUUGAGGGCAACCGACCUGCCUCCAUGACAUCUGUGACAUCAUCGGCCUCCAGUGCUUCGUACACGUCGACCUCUGCGCCUGCAGACAAAACAGAUUCCCCGGCCACCUCAAGAGCAAGCAGCUGCUGCAAUUGUGACCACUCCAAGCAGGAGAAGCAGGAGAAGCAAGAGGUUCCGCAGUCCGCUCCGCCCACCAAGACAAAACCCGAAACCGUCACCAUUCCUCCACCAUCACCCUUCACGCGCCCGCAGUCGGCGCGAACACCACGACUCUACAUCCCGCAGUCGCCAUAUUCACCAGCGACGGUACGGUCACCGGCGAGCGCGAACUCCACAAAUUCUCCAUAUUCAGCCGUGUCGCCGAAGACGUGGGAUCUGGAAAAGAAGACUGGCCGGACACGGCGCGUGAGCGUGCGGGAAGUCGUUACUCGGACCGUAACAUACAGCACUGGAAACACUCCGGUCGACCCUAAGGCGCCCAACUUUCCACAGAUCGACCCCGCACCGCGCGGCAAGAGGAGGAAGAUCGAGUAAACGGGUCGGCGCUUUACGAAGCGACUUUGUUCAGCGCCCUCAAAAUUUGGGCGGUUACGCAACCGCCGCGUAGUCACUUCAAUACUACCUUCACGAUUCGGACCAUGAUUCGACCUCAAUUGGCGCCGUUCAUAGAGCGCCUAUUACCUUCACCACUUCUACGCACCGCAACGUAAUCUCUUCGGCCUCGAACUCUACCCGGAUCUUGUUCGAUGGUCUAUGUUUCUGCCCGACCUAUCAAUAAUCUCGUCGGGUCCCGGCGACUCGAUCGCACCACUCCUUUCACGAAUUAUUUCCUUAUGUCCAAUGUUUAUUAUUAGAGGAACGAUGAGCUCAUGUUCUCUAACGAAAUACCAUUCACAC